UUGAACGGUAAUGUAUAUAGAGAUUGUUUCCAAAGUUUGGUAUCUUGGCAUUUAGUUAAUUUUCCCUUGUUUUAUAUAGUAGGCCAUGCACUCAAAAGAAGUUAGUCUUCAAACUGAUAAGCCUAUUUGUUGUCAUUGCAGGAAGAGAAAAGAUUAACCCAAUCACAGUGCAUUUAUGACACUAACAGAGAGUGCACAGGUUCCUUGAUAUGUGCACUACCACCAGAGGGCCAAAGUGCAGCACAGCUGAAAUGAUCUACCAAAGAUAGAUGGGGCUUGAAGGAGAACAACAUACCACAGGACAAUGGUGUGAGCAUUGAUAAUGCACCUGUUAAAAGGUGUUUUGAUUUCCAUCACUCAAGAAGGUUAAAGGAAAAUACAAACAUCUAUGUCCAUGCAUGGCCGUCACAUCAUCCACAACACUGCCAAAAAGUCUGGACAGGGUUUUUCCUGAGGUGUGUAGUGUACUAAGUAGAGUAAAUUUAUGUAUGCUUUGAAUUACUUAACUCAGUCUAAUUCCAAGCAAGAACAUUUAUCAUGGAAUGAUUGAAUGAAAAUUGUUUGAUUMCAAGUUCUUUUGCAGGUGUCCAAAUUUGAUGUUGAGGACCUAGUCGUGGAAGUUAAAGGAAAGGUUACCUGACAAGUAAACACUUUAGCCAAAACCACCUAUAUUUUCGUAGUUGUUGAAAUACCCAACAGAGUACAUUUGAAUGGUUUGAAAUUCGCAUGUUAUCAUCUUCCCCCGAGCAGGAAAUCUCACUCAAAGCCAUCAGCCCUGGGAUGUAGUUAGUUGCACACGCUUGGCCGAACGCGGUGAAACAUCUUAAACUGUAAGAAAUCAUUUAUUUUUUAAACGGUAUAUAUUUUUCCCGUUUGCUCGCCAUAAAGCUAGUUAAGGAGGCAAAUUAGGUUUUUGCAGGCUGGAUGGAGRGUACUUUAUGUACGAGCCGGUCCACAAGUGGAUUACCUCGAAUGCACACCAAGUUCAGACGAUACUGAUACUCCUGACCGGCUGCCUAGACUACAUUCUGUUUUUUCACCGACAUCCGAUAGCAAGGGCUAAAUGUUUCGUGUCCCUAUAUUAACAGGGGGCGUAGGACGGUCCUUAACGUCUUUCAGGUGGCUAGCUACUGUUAGUCGUUACCUAUAUUUUAAGAUUGAGUUGAAAGAAGUAUUGUAAACCGCAUUGACAAUUAGUACAGAAAAUGUUUCCGUUAACACAAACUGAAAAGAUUUUCUUAUCCUCGGAAUAUGCUAGAUUUGUUGUUGUUGAAAAAGCUAUCUUGUUCUCAACGAUGUGUCGACCUCACAGUUGUGGAAGUGGGAACAAACGUUUGGUUCCUGAUGCCGUUGUUGUACCCCAUGCUACAGGGCUACGCCACAGGAAAAAACCAAUCAUAUUCGUUGAAAUACAUGACACUCCUCCCCCGGAUCGUAAUAGGGUGCACCCUUCUUGGAUCGUGCACAACCCUAACCAGAUAGGAAUACAGAAGAAAAACUGCAUAACAACUUUUGUUAAAAAUUUGAGUGUUUUCUGAGUAACCCUUUCACUUUGGUACCAACUCGAAAUAUUUAUAACAGACGAAUUUACUGGGUGUUGAAAAUAGGACAUUUGUUUGGACUUAUCCUGCUAGGUGGUUGGGUUGUCGUAACUAGCUACUUGAUACCAAACGUUAGCUGCUAGCUAGCUAAACAACUAAUCAAGGGCUGGCAAAUCCUACAUUCUUUGUUGGCAAAUUGCCCCAUACAUUUGAGAAAUAACGAUUUCCUGAAGAGGAAAAAUACCAACUAUCAAACUUAAGGAGCUGGUGGAUGCUGGAUAGCUAACUACCACUGCCUACUAAGCUAUUCUUAUCCUCCUGGAUGGAAAGCUUGUGUGCAUGAGCACGCUUCCUUCCUGUACGUUCUAUUCUCUAGCUGGUGCAAAUGGAGUCAACGAUGGACCCAACGCCUAAUGUCACAGAUAACUUGUAUAAAAUGACUGAAGAGGACGUCAAGAGGUUAAUAGAACUGCGUUCCUCCAAUGAGGCUCUUUUCACAGGAAAAAGAAAUGCUGCCAAGGUUGCCUGGAAUGCAAUUCUAAAGGGAUUAGGUCUUGAGGGAAAGCUGACAGCUGACCAGAUUGCCAAAAAGUGGGAAAAUCUGAAGACUAGAUACAAGGAUUUAAAAUACCCUUUUCUUGGCAAGGACACUGUUUCUACUAGCAUAGCCUCCUGGCCAUGGUUCCAACUUAUGGAUGAGGCCAUGGAAGGACGCCUCUUCAACAGCGCCCACGUUUUGGCGGUGGAAUCUUUGUGUGGUGAGGAUCCAGGUGCUCCCUCGCCAUUAACCAACGAGAGAGAACAGGGGACCGAGGGUGCUGACAUUUUGGAGUUCUUGAUCAAAACGGAGAUGGAGGACAGUGCAGGGACAGGGAACUUGGAAAACAAUGCAACAGUUAACACUGAUGCAACUCAGACUGGGGCCCCUACUACUAUGGGCUGGCGAAGAAUGUCAGAAUGCUCAUAUAAAAUGACAGAGCAGGAGACGGAGAGAAUGAUAAAGCUGCGUGCUGUGAAUGAGGCCCUCUUCACAGGCAGAAAACAUACUGCGAAGCCAGCCUGGAGAGCUAUUUUGAAUGUGUUGGGUCUUCAGGGAAAGGUGACUACUGACCAGCUAGCCAAAAAGUGGGAUAAUCUCAAGAGGCGAUAUAAGGAGUUGAAAUGUCCAGCCCGCGGCAUGGAGAGCAACCCAAAUUCCUGGCCCUGGUUCUACCGCAUGAAUGAUGCUGUCGAGGGGCGUUUCGCCGGCUGCGCCCCCAUCCUGACGCCAGUAGUAGAGGAGGGUGAUGAGGAGUUUGAGCCCUCUCCACCACCAAGGAAGAGGGCUCGUCGCACACCAGGGAGGGGGGGGAUGUCGGAGUUCUUGACAGAGUCAGAAAUGGAUGAGCUUGUAGAAACGGAGGAUAGGGACGGUGCAGCCAUGUUCCCAGGGGCCGCCAUAGGGGAGUAUCACAGGACCACGGAAUUCUCAUAUAAGCUGACUGAGGAGGACACCAAGAGAUUGAUAGAGCUGCGUGCAUCUAAUGAGGCUCUUUUCACAGGAAAGAGAAAUACUGCCAAGCCUGCAUGGAGGGCAAUAGUAAAAGAGAUGGGCCUCGCAGGCAAGUUGUCUGCUGAUCAGGUCUCUAAAAAGUGGGACAACCUGAAGACAAAAUUCAAGGACUUGAAGUACCCGCCACGUGGCAUGGAGAACCAGAGCAGCCCUGCCUCCUGGCCUUGGUUCCAACUUAUGAACGAUGCCUUCGAGGGCCGACUGGCCGGGAGAGCCCCCAAAAUAACGCCUGUAUGGAUGAGCGARGAAGACUACUURUUUGUWUCCUCACCGAUGCCUACAGAGAGAGACCCGUGUCCCAUGCCAGAGAGUAGUGGGAUUUCGGAGCUGGAAGAGGCAAUGGGACCAGGGGACACAGAUGUGGAUGGAACGGUUACGUUCAUCGAUGCCAGUGGAGAGGAGUGCCCCACACCUUUGGAAUUCUCCUAUAAAAUGACAGAGCAGGAUACGAGGAGGCUGAUCAAGUUGCGGGCUGCCAAUGAGGUUCUCUUCACUGGGAGGCGAAAUGCUGCCAAGACUGCAUGGAAGGCCAUUUUAAAAGAGUUGGGUCUCCUGGGAAAGGUGUCAACUUACCAGGUGGCCAAGAAGUGGGACAACUUAAAGAGGAGAUAUAAGGACCUGAAGUACCCUCCUGUGGGCAUGGAGAGCAUGGCAGACAAUGCUGCUUCCUGGCCAUGGUUCUACCUCAUGAACGAGGCCAUGGAGGGCCGCCUCGCUGCCAGCGGACCUGUCCUGACCCCUAUAACGGAUGGCGACGACCCAAAGCCUUCCCCUUCGCAGCCCAUUCGAAGUAGAGGACGCCCGUUGCUGGACAGGGGCGACACYACACUGGAGUACGAACAAGAGAUGUAUGCGGACCCCGCCACAGAAGAGUGCCACCGGGCCACAGCGGAGUGUGAGAGGGCCCUGAGAGAGGAGAGGUUGGGUAGGGGGCCAGCUGGUGCCACUGCUGCUCACAAGGGAGUGACACUGGAGAGAGAGUGGGAGAUGGUGGAGAGGGAGAGGGCAGCGAUAGAGGGGGAUAGAGCGGCAGUGGACAGAGAGCGGCAGUGGCUGGAGAGCGAGAGAGCCAACUUGGCAAGAGAGAGGAUGCUGUUGGAACAGGACAGGAUGGUCCUGGGGAGAGAGAGAGAGGCCUUUGAGAGCCAGAGGGCAGUAGUGGUGAUGAACAGCGCUACAGGGGUGCACACUGGACACAUCAACCACUGUGGGAUGGGGAUGUAGACUGAUGUUAUAGACUGAUUGGAAGCCAAGGACUGAUCAAGAGCUUUCAAGUUACUUGGAGAACAGACUUUUCAGCAUGUUUUCACCUUAUUGGCUCGAGAUUAAUCUCUUUUUACACUAUCUCUAAACUUAAUGGUUUGUUCAACUAAACCAGUGAGAGAUUUCAAUCUGUGACACUGCUCACUUGUUUUGAAUKAUAUUUGGAAAUUUGUCUGUGUUGUCUUUCUUUUGACAGAAAAGGCUAAUGAUAUAAGCCUUAAAAGUUUUUGUGAUUUGACUCAAAGUUAUUCCAAUGACCUCAUACUGUCUUUUCAAUCUUGGUAGCAAUUACAGUAUAUUGUAAUAAAAGAAAAAUAAGCACCAUAAGUGAGAGAACUGGAUGCUUAUAAAAGUUAUAACUUUUAAAAUGUCUCUAUGAAAGCUGUUUUCACUUUCAAACAAUAAAAAUGCUGUAAAGUACUGCUAAAAAAGUAUGGAAGU